CCAGCCUUCAUCCCACUUCAUUCACAACCAGAAAUUCCGCACUCUACACUCGACAACGAGCUACUCUACCUCUCUUCACCCAUCAGCUAGUACUUCAGAAUUUCAGACCACCAGCACACGGAGAGAUCAUGGCCGGUGCGGCUAAGGCGUCUUGGAUGGUGGCGAUGAGCAUCGGUGCCGUGGAGGCCCUCAAGGACCAGGCCGGACUCUGCCACUGGAACUAUGCACUAAGAGCAACUUCAAUGGGACGACCCAUUUCGUCCGCCCGCGUCCGUUUGGAUCGGCGCGGACAAAAGCGACGGUCCAAAGCGCCGACCCAAACGGACGUGCGUCCAUUUUUCGUCCGCGGGCGAUCCAUUUCCGGCUUAAUUUUGAGCCGGAUUUACGUCGGCGCGGAUACGAGAUGGACACCGGUCAGUGGCAACCACCACCAUUUCCCCUUAUUUUCCCCCAAAAACACUCCCGCCCGCGAGCGCUCCCGUCCCCCAACCAGCCAUGGAGGACGCCAUCGACCUCGACCUCGACGCCGCCGCUGGCCUCGCCUCCCUCGCCUCGUCCGGCGCCGUCACCCCCUCCAAGAAAGGCAAGCCUUGUGCCCCGCGCAAGACCGCCACCGCGAUCAAGCCGAAGAAGGCGCUGACGCCCGAACAGCGGGCAGGGAGUCGGCCAAGAGGAAGGGCCGGAGGCACGCCGCGGACGCGAGGGAUAAGGCCGCCGUGCAGGCUGCCGCCGUCGCCGCCGCGCAACAGGAGUUGACCAACGCCCGCGUCACGGCGGCAACGAGGGAGGCGCUCUACAUGCUAGAGGUAAACCCUAGCCAGCACAGCCUCGUCCAAGCCGUGGUCGCCGCGGCCAGCACCGGCUCGUCGGCGUUUCCUCGGAUGGUGCUGCCCGACUCACCCCGCACGUCGGCUUGCAACCCGGUCCCCGGCUUCCACGUCUACCCGCAGGCCUCUUGCCUCUUCGGGGAGUGCUCGCCCGACGUGAGCGUGGUCACGCCUUCCACGCUCGCGCCCGCGCCCAUCGACCUCAACGCCACCCCGAUGGUCGGUGGCUCGUCAUCCGGCGACACAAGGAAACGCGCGCGGAAGACGCCGGCCGGUGGGCUCUCGGACGCCCGUAACCUGUUCGAGGAAAUGUCGUCCGCCGUCGACGAGGACUACAUGCAAAACCUCAACUUCGAGGGUGGUGCGCCGGGCGCUGGCUACUACCCCGACGAGACACAAAGCCAGGACGGCCGCGGGGCGUUCACGCCGUCCGCUGGCUAUGAUCCCGAUCAGGCGGCCUUCAUGCAUGAUCAGGUCGGCAUCGACCUGGAUGGCUUCCCCCUCGACCACGAGUUCCCGAACGACUACGGGCUAGAGGAAGAGGACGAGUGCGACAUCGAAGUGGAGCCUUUGUUCGAGGACGAGGUCGCCAACUAAGACGCCGGUCCUAAGCCGAAGCGCAAGAGCAAGCGCACGAAGGCGUACACAGCUGCCGAGGACAAGCUUCUUUGCAAGUGUUGGCCAGACAUUGGACAAGACCCAAAGACGGGGGCCGAGCAAAAGCAUUCCACCUUUUUGACUCGUGUGCACCGAGAGUUUCAUGAGCGCAAGAAGUUUCCGCCUUACCAAUUUGUGAGCACGCGCGGGUGGGUCUCCAUUCCCAAGCGGUGGAGGGUGAUCCAACAAGAGUGCAACAAGUUUUGUGCCACCCUUAAGAGCGUUAAGGCCCGCCCCGUGAGCGACAUCAGCAUGCAAGACAUGGCAUUUCAAGCUUUGGAGGCAUUCAAGGUUCAACACAAUGACAAGUGCUUCAACCUCUCCCAUUGCUAUCGGGUCAUCAAGGACGAAGAGAAGUUCAAGGCGCAAUAUGCCGCACUCAAGGCACGUGGGGGGAAGAAAGCCGUGGAGGAUGUUGGGGAGGGCGAGCCGGCACGGCCGCGGGGGAAGACCAACUUCAAGAAGGAGAACAAGCGAGAUGCGGCCACCAACGCCUUGAUCGCAAGCGUGGACGGCAUGACGAAUAAGAAGGACUCAAGAGAGGAGGAGCGCUGGCGUUUCAAGGCGGAGCAAAUGGAUGUUUUUAUGGAGAUCCAAAGGAGGAGGCUUGAUCUUGACGCCGAGAAGCAAGCCAAGAUGUUCGAGCUCGAGGCGGAGAAGCAAGCCAAGAUGCUAGAGAUCGAGGCCGCCAACGCUAAGACCAAGGCAAAAGAAGUGGCUCUUGCGAGCAUGAUGACCGGGGUGGAGAUCAUGAAGGUGGAUCUCAACAUCGUGUCGCCAAGGAAGAGGCCGUGGUUCGAGAAGAUGCAGGCCGACAUGUUCAAGUUCGACGACAAGUGAUCUAUGGCGGCGAGGGCCAUCUUUUUUGUAUGCGGCAGGUGUGCCCGCAUGACCACGGGAGCCACGAUGGCGUCGUCGAACUCAAGCCCUACCAUUUUUUGUGUGCUGGCAUGUGUGCCGGCCGGCUGGCGAGUGCGCCAGCAUGAACUGUGGUGAUAUUUUUUGUAGCCGGCAUUGUAUGCCGACGCUGGCAUGGUGCCGAUAUGAGACAUGACCGCUGACAUGAUUGGUCGCGGGCCCUUUUUAUUUAGAAGUUGAAUGCGGGCAUGAAAUAAGUCGGCACGUUGGGCGCACUGUCGAUCCAAAUGCAAAACUGGGCGGAUGCCGGGCGAGCGACCGAUCUAAACAGACAAAAAACGAACAAAUGCCUCAUCCAUUUAGGUCAGCCCAUUGGAGUUGCUCUCAGGUCGAUCCACUGGACCGCCAAGGCCAGGGCCAACGUCCGCGGGGGCGUCUCGCAAGGCGCCAAGCAGCUUCUGGCCUCUGCUGCGGAGAAGGCCGAGGAGGGGCUGAGGACAGUGAUGUAGCUCAACUGCUAGGGUCCCAAUUAGCAGUUGUUUACUUGGUACUACUGGCUAGGGGUGUGUGUGUUUGGUUCUGUGGCCUGAAACCACGAUGUAGAAACUUGGUACUAACUGGCUUCCCAUGGAAUCCCCCACUGUAAA